CAGAAAUACAAUUUGAUUUGAUUUGUGUGGACGUCGCCGAGUCCGAGAUCUGGUCCAUCGAUUUCGGACAUCUUUACCUUGCGGAAUCGGGCCCGUGGCGAAAUUUCUGCGCAUUUAGUCCUUCAGUGUAGCUGGCUCGUUCGUUCGGAGGCGUCGGACCCGCGGGCUGAACGGCACAAGUCGUUUCUCAAGUGCGCUCUUGCUCGUGUUUCAGAGAAAAAAUAACGCCGAGACGCCAGCUACGGACAUGGCCACCGAUACCAGCUUUGCUUCCUACACCAAUGGUGGCUUUGCUGGUGGUCCUCCGGGCGUCGAACCUGUGCCGCCAGGAAUGGAACCGAAACUGCCCCUCACGUGGCUGACUGCAUCCCUUGUGAUAGGCUUUGAGAGGGCUUUGGCCCGUCUCGCGCCAAUGUUUCUUUGUGGAGUUGAUGGUGCCAGCUUCUUACGACUUCCCUCACACUCCCAUUUCGGAUAUCGAACAGACUGAGCAGCUCACAGCAGGGCCCGGAGCUAAAAGAGAUGUCAUUCUGCAAGGCCUUCUUGGCCACGGCCUGCCAAAAUUGUCAUCCGAGCAGCAGGAGCAUGUGAAUCGAGCCAAGAAGUAUGCCAUGGAGCAAAGUAUCAAGAUGGUCCUCAUGAAACAAACACUAGCACAUCAGCAGCAGUUGAUGGCAAGUCAGAGAACGCUGGUCCAAAGACAACAGGCGCUGGCACUCAUGUGCAGAGUUUAUGUGGGAAGCAUAAGCUUCGAACUGAAGGAGGACACCAUAAGGCAGGCAUUUUUGCCUUUUGGCCCAAUCAAGUCGAUCAACAUGUCGUGGGAUCCGGUCACCCAGAAACACAAAGGAUUUGCAUUUGUAGAGUAUGACAUUCCCGAAGCGGCCCAGCUCGCUUUGGAGCAGAUGAACGGAGUCAUGAUCGGAGGAAGAAACAUCAAAGUGUGCAGUUUUAACCUCUCUGUCGGCCGCCCUAGUAACAUGCCCCAGGCUCAGUCGGUCAUAGACGACAUUACCGAGGAAGCAAAACUCUACAACCGUAUUUAUGUUGCUUCAAUUCACCCCGACCUUACUGAAGACGACAUCAAGAGCGUGUUCGAAGCGUUUGGCCCCAUCAAAACCUGCAGACUAGCGCCUGGCAGCUCUCCAAACAAACACAAAGGCUACGGCUUCAUCGAAUACGACACCGCACAGUCCACGACUGAAGCGAUAUCUUCGAUGAACCUCUUCGACCUCGGUGGACAGUAUCUGCGAGUUGGCCGGGCCAUCACUCCUCCAAACGCCCUUCAAGUCAACACGGCAACCAAACCCUUGGUGGCCGCCAGCCAGAUGCCAACAGCCGCAGCGGUGGCUGCUGCAGCGGCCACGGCCAAAAUUCAGGCCAUGGACGCUGUGGCCAGCAACGCGAUGGCCCUCGGACUCUCAAAGUUGACGACGGCCGCCCCUGUCAAGCCCCCAAUUGUUCCACCAGCUGGACUCUCACCUGUCGUCGGCUUGCAGGGCCUAUCACCUAGCGCGGCAGUCGUGAUUCCACCUCCGGGAGUAGCGAUCCCACAGCUCGGCUCAACGCCUCCCAUAAUUGCUCCAUAUCAAGCUGUUGUUCAGCCAGUUGCAGUCUCUCCCUCUAUUCUUCCACAGGUCCAGGUACAAAAUCAUGCAAACGAGGCCCUCAAAAAAGCACAAGAACAGGCUGCGAAACAGCAAGAGGAACUGCAGAAAAAACUUAUGGAUGAUUCUGAGCCACAAACACUGCAGGCGCAGGAAAAUCUCAGUAUUAAGGGACAAAGUGCUAGACAUUUGGUCAUGCAAAAGCUGAUGAGAAAGACUGAGAGCCGGGUGGUAAUUUUAAGAAACAUGGUUGGGCCUGAAGAAGUGGACGAAACUCUUCAAGAAGAGAUCCAGGAUGAGUGCAGCAAGUUCGGAAAUGUUGACCGAGUUAUCAUUUACAAAGAGAAGCAAACGGACGAUGAGGAUGCCGUUGAUGACAUUAUUGUCAAGAUCUUUGUUCAGUUUAUCAAGGCUGGAGAAGCUAUUGUUGCAAGAGAUGCCCUGAAUGGAAGAUAUUUUGGAGGGCGACUUGUAAGAGCAGAAAUUUAUGACCAAAAUUUGUACGAUCACAAUGACUUUUCGAAUUAAAUCUUUUUCAAGAAGCUGCUAAGCUGACUUGGCUUUUAAGUUCUGUAAUAUCUAUUUCAUAAAUAGAGCCUCAUAUUUUUACUUGAUUGUAAAUAUUGUAAUGCAACCUCGGUAACUCGCAAAGUGUACAUUGUGAAAUUUUCAUCCCCAAUAAAAUGUAAUUAAAGCUGCAUUAUUGAUGUAAUAUAAUAAAUAAAGACGUGGUUUAUGUGUACAA